CUACUGUCCUUUCCCCACUGUCUCCCCAGAUUGUCCUUGAUAAGAGGUAGUACCUCUGAACUGGAGAUCAGACUUGUUUCUUAUAUGUGAUGCCAUUCCAGCACUGGACUCAUGGAGGCUGAACAUUUAUUCAGGAGUCCAUAGAGGCUGCUGUAUUCUAUUGAAGAAGAUGUCUAACAGUAACACUACUCAAGAGACCCUGGAAAUAAUGAAAGAGUCAGAAAAAAAACUGGUAGAAGAAUCUGUAAACAAAAACAAGUUUAUAUCUAAGACUCAAAGUAAGGAAGAAAUUGAGAAAGAGAGUGAAGAUACCAGUUUGCGUCAGGAAACCCAGGAUUAUGAGUUCCUUUUUGACAAGAGGCGGACAUCCAACCAUGGUCAUGCCAGGAAGAGAGCCAAGUCUAAUUCCAAGCUGAAGUUGGUACGCAGCCUGGCAGUGUGUGAGGAGUCCUCUGUCCCAUUUGCUGAUGGGUCAUUAGAAACCCAGGAUAUAAUUCAGUUGCACAUCAGCUGCCCCUCUGACAAAGAGGAAGAAAAAUCCACAAAGGAUGUCCCUGAAAAGGAAGACAAGGACAAAAACAAAGAAAAGGUCCCGAGGAAGAUGCUGUCGAGAGACUCCAGCCAAGAAUAUACGGACUCCACUGGAAUUGACCUACAUGAAUUUCUUGUAAAUACACUGAAAAAGAACCCAAGGGACAGAAUGAUGCUGCUAAAAUUAGAACAGGAGAUUCUGGAAUUUAUUAAUGACAACAAUAACCAGUUCAAGAAGUUCCCUCAGAUGACCUCAUAUCACCGGAUGCUAUUACACCGGGUAGCAGCCUAUUUUGGGAUGGACCACAAUGUUGAUCAAACUGGAAAAGCUGUCAUCAUCAACAAAACCAGUAACACAAGAAUCCCUGAACAGAGGUUCUCAGAACAUAUAAAGGAUGAGAAGAAUACAGAAUUUCAGCAGAGAUUCAUUCUCAAGAGAGAUGAUGCCAGUAUGGACCGAGAUGAUAACCAGAUCAGAGUUCCAUUGCAGGAUGGAAGGAGGAGCAAGUCAAUAGAAGAGAGAGAGGAGGAAUAUCAAAGGGUCCGAGAGAGAAUAUUUGCCCGAGAGACUGGCCAGAACGGAUAUCUAAAUGACAUCAGACUCUCCAAAGAAGCCUUUUCUUCUAGCUCUCACAAGAGAAGGCAGAUUUUUAGGGGGAACCGUGAGGGGCUGAGCCGUACCUCAAGCAGCCGCCAGAGCAGCACAGACAGCGAACUCAAAUCCCUGGAGCCACGGCCGUGGAGCAGCACGGACUCUGAUGGCUCUGUCCGGAGCAUGCGGCCCCCUGUCACCAAAGCCAGCAGCUUCAGCGGAAUCUCUAUCCUCACCCGUGGCGACAGCAUCGGGAACAGUAAAGGUGGCAGUGCAGGAAGGAUCUCCAGGCCAGGUAUGGCACCAGGUGCCCCAGAAGUGUGCAACCAGGUCACCUCAUCCCAGUCUGUCCGGGGUCUCCUCCCUUGUACUGCCCAGCAGCAGCAGCAGCAGCUUCCUGCUCUCCCACCCACGCCUCAGCAACAGCCACCCUUGAAUAAUCACAUGAUCUCACAGCCAGUCCCGGCUCUGCAGCCCUCUCCGCAGCCUGUUCAGUUCUCUCCAGGCUCCUGUCCCCAAGUCCUUCUGCCAGUCUCUCCGCCCCAGCAGUACAACAUGGCAGAUGACCUCAGCAACCCAUUUGGACAGAUGAGCCUCAGUCGCCAAGGUUCUGCUGAAGCAGCUGACCCAUCCUCAGCUCUGUUCCAGUCCCCACUUAUCUCCCAGCACCCUCAGCAGACUAGCUUCAUCAUGGCUUCUACGGGACAGCCUCUCCCCACUUCCAACUACUCCACCUCUAGCCAUGCACCACCUACUCAGCAAGUCCUGCCACCCCAGGGCUACAUGCAGCCCCCUCAGCAGAUCCAGGUUUCUUACUAUCCCCCUGGACAGUAUCCUAACUCCAACCAGCAAUAUCGACCUCUCUCUCACCCGGUGGCCUACAGCCCCCAACGUGGUCAGCAGCUGCCUCAGCCAUCCCAGCAGCCUGGUUUACAGCCCAUGAUGCCUAACCAGCAGCAGGCGGCUUACCAAGGCAUGAUUGGGGUCCAGCAGCCACAAAACCAGGGCCUGCUCAGCAACCAGAGGAGCAGCGUGGGGGGCCAGAUGCAAGGCCUGGUGGUUCAGUACACUCCACUGCCUUCUUACCAAGUCCCAGUGGGUAAUGACUCACAAAAUGUGGUCCAGCCGCCUUUCCAGCAACCCAUGCUGGUCCCUGCGAGCCAAUCUGUGCAAGGGGGCCUCCCCGCGGGGGGCGUGCCAGUGUACUAUAGCAUGAUCCCGCCAGCUCAGCAGAACGGUACGAGCCCUUCUGUGGGGUUUCUGCAACCUCCUGGCUCUGAGCAGUACCAGAUGCCUCAGUCUCCCUCUCCCUGCAGUCCACCACAGAUGCCACAGCAGUACUCAGGAGUGUCACCUUCUGGACCAGGUGUGGUGGUCAUGCAGCUGAAUGUCCCUAAUGGACCCCAGCCCCCCCAGAACCCAUCCAUGGUCCAGUGGAGUCACUGUAAAUAUUACAGCAUGGACCAGCGGGGGCAGAAACCUGCAGACCUGUACAAUCCUGACAGUAGCCCCCAGGCCAACACACAAAUGAGCAGCAGCCCCGUCACGUCUCCUACCCAGUCUCCAGCACCCUCUCCUGUCACCAGCCUCAGCAGUGUCUGCACAGGACUCAGUCCCCUUCCCGUCCUCACACAGUUCCCCCGGCCUGGGGGUCCAGCACAGGGCGAUGGGCGCUACUCCCUCUUGGGCCAGCCAUUACAGUACAAUCUGUCCAUCUGCCCUCCUCUGCUCCAUGGCCAGUCGACUUACACGGUGCACCAGGGACAGACUGGGUUGAAACAUGGAAACCGGAGCAAGAGACAAGCACUCAAAUCUGCCUCCACUGACCUAGGGACGACAGAUGUUGUCCUGGGGCGGGUGCUGGAGGUGACAGAUCUCCCUGAGGGCAUCACUCGUACCGAGGCGGACAAACUCUUCACUCAGCUCGCCAUGUCCGGCGCCAAGAUCCAAUGGCUCAAGGAUGCCCAGGGGCUGCCUGGCGGAGGUGGGGGGGACAAUAGUGGGACUGCCGAGAACGGCCGCCACGCGGACCUCGCUGCCUUGUACACCAUCGUGGCUGUGUUCCCCAGCCCCCUGGCGGCCCAAAAUGCCUCCCUUCGCCUCAACAACUCUGUGAGUCGCUUCAAACUUCGAGUGGCCAAAAAGAACUAUGACCUGAGGAUCCUGGAGCGAGCCAGCUCCCAAUAAAGGGAGGAGGGGAAGGGACCAGCACAGCAGGGGAGAGGGCAGGGUGGAGGGUGUUGAGGGAUCCUGAUAGACCAUGGACAGAGACCGAAAGGAAGGUGACAGACACUAAACUGGAGCCUAAAACAGUAGGGAUGAAGAUGGAAGCAGACACUCACACUGGCACUGGACUCCUUCUUACUCCCCUGCCAUGGGUCCCCUCUUUUUCCCUGGUUGGCCUUCCUCUGCUUCCCCCUCCUUCCCAUCCUCUUCUAUCAUUUUUGAUCUCUUCUCCCACCAUGAAAUUAAUUUCUUUGAUAUUUUUUGGUUAGGUAGAAUUGGGAGAGUCCUACACUCCCCUGUUCUCCUGUUUCCUGAUCAUCCCAAGCUCCCUUUUCUUUUUUGGUCUUUAUGAAUAUAUUUAUAUGGACAGAAUUAAGAAAAAUGAAAUUGAUUUCCCUUUUCUCUCACUUCCCCCAUCUUGUCUCCCCAAACCCCAGAGUUAAAACUUGGGCCUUCCUCCACCCCUACUCCCCAGAACACUUGUAUAUUGUUUGUUUGAGGUUCGUGCCGAAGUAACAGAUACAGUAUUUAAUUGCACAUAACAGAUGUUUGCUGGGUAUAUUCACUGUAAAUUUUAUUUAAUCUGAGUUUUUGUUUGUUUAGGGGGCAUCAUUUGGGGGGAGGUUGAUUUUGUUUUUAAAUAUAAAAAAAAAAAUCUGUCACUGGACGUCAGUCCCUGUUUCUGUGUUGCCGCCCUGGGGUGGGUAGGGGUUGGAGGUCCUGGGUAGGUACAACCCCACGGUUAUUGGAGGGAUUUGAUGUGGGUUUGGAUGGCUUUCCUAGCAUAUGCACCUAUCUCAUCCUAACACUAUUCCCUGUGUCCCAGCCUCCUCCUUACACAUAGUUCUGAGGUACCUGGGUCUCUAAUGGGACCUGGGUCCUGGGUGCUCCCAAUUCUGCAACUAACUCUGAUUCAUCAAGCACACACUUCUCAACUC